CUCCGGCUCGGGCUCCGGCUCGGGCUCCGGCUCCGGCUCGGGCUCCGGCUCGGGCUCCGGCUCCAGCUUUUUUUCAGGCAGCGGCGGCAGCGCCGGCGGCGGGGACAUAGGCAGCAGCGGCAGCAGAAGCAAAGGCAGAGGCAUCAGCGGCAUGUGGAGGGGCGCAGAGGACGGCGCCCGCUGCUGCUCCCCGGAUCGCGGGGACCCGGGCCUAAGACAGCUGCUGCAGGCGGCCGGAGCCGAUGUCCGCAAAUGCGGGUACCUGCGGAAGCAGAAGCAUGGCCACAAACGCUACUUCGUUCUGCGGACGGCCAGUCGCCUGGCCCCGGCGCGCCUCGAGUACUACGAGAGCGAGAAGAAGUUCCGCAGCAGCCUUCGCGCUGCGGCGGCGGCGGCUGCCGCCGCCGCUUCGGCUGGCCCCUCCACGGGCGCGCCCCCCGCCGUGCAGCCCAAGCGCGUUAUCCCGCUGUACCAGUGCUUCACGGUGAGCCGCCGCGCCGAUGCCAAGCACCGCCACAUCGUCGCCCUUUACACCAAGGACGACUACUUCGCCAUGGUGGCCGAGAGUGAGGAGGAGCAGGAGAGCUGGUACCAAGCGCUGAGUCUCCUGAUGGGCCAGAGCAAGACGCGCAGCUCCGGCACCGGCACCGAGGAAGGCGAAGAGGGAGCCGGCGGCGGCGACGGCGGGGCCACCGACGAGGGGGCCUUCAAGGAGGUGUGGCAGGUGCAGGUGAAACCCAAGGGGCUGGGCCAGAGCAAGAACCUGAGCGGCAUCUAUCGCCUUUGCCUGUCCAGCAAAGAGGUGCAUCUGGUGCGCCUGAACGCAGAGGUUCCCAGCGUGAAGCUGCAGCUGCUCUGCAUUCGCCGAUGCGGUCACUCGGAGCACUUCUUCUUUCUCGAGGUGGGCAGGUCGUCAUCCAUCGGCCCCGGGGAGAUCUGGAUGCAGGUGGAGGACUCGGUGGUGGCUCAGCAUAUGCACGAGACCUUCCUGGAAACCAUGAAAGCCCUCAAGGCCUUUACCGACUUCAGGCCCCGGAGCAAGAGCCAGUCGUCCUGCACCAACCCCAUCUCGUUCCUCUCCACCAGGAGGCACCUGGGCUACCUGCAGCCCUGCCUGGGGAUGUCCCGCAGGUCCCGCACCGACAGCAUGGCCAGCACCCCGCCUUCCUGCAAGAGCGGCACCUACCGAUUCCGUACCUCCAGCGAGGGCGAAGGCACCAUGGACAGACCCUUCAAAACGGUCACGGGAAGCCUGAUGCAGCUGAACCCCGGGCGGAUGAACGUGGCCCGGCCCGAAAGCGGCAGGUACGUUCGAGCCGCUCUCAACGCCUGCUGUCAUGCUCGCUCUGCCUCCCUGCCCGUGUCUCCCUUUCCCUCGGGGACCAGCCCAGCCCCGGACAGCGUGGCCAGGCCUUCGAGCUCCGUGUGCGGGACCCCUGGCGAUGGAAGCUUCGUCUCCGAUGACCACGGCCCCAGCCCCGGAGACGUGAGGUAUUUCCGACUGAGGAGCAACACCCCGGAUUCCGUGGGGCACACCCCACCCAUCCGAGAGGAGCACUGUUCCAAUGAGUACAUGUCCAUGAAUAAGCAGCGCGCCAGUAGAAGCGCCGGCGGUGAGCAUAUGGAGGCUGAAAAGUUCUUCAAGAGGAAAACUUUUUCCCUGCCUAAGCCAGCAGCUGUAACCAUGCAACAGAAAACAACCCAGACUACUCCCUUCGAUGAGGAUUCCGCCGGAAACCCUCGGCUGCUGUUUUCCUCCGAGCCCCCGCGGGGAAGAGAGACCCCCAAAGCGGAGUUGGGGGAGAACGGAUCCAAUCGGAACCGCGGCAGAAAAAGAGCCGAGGAUGACGGCUACAUGCCCAUGAUGCCGGGAGUCGCCGCUCCCCUCAAAAGCAACAGCGAUUACUUGCCGAUGGCUCCGCGGAGUGCUUCCGCCCCAAAGCCCGGCGCUUCGUGGUCAUCCUCUCAGAAGGACUCCCGAGGCUACAUGAUGAUGUUCCCGAGAGCCGUCCCGCCGGCCCCGGGCCGCAGCUCCCGCAGCAGAUUCGCUUCGAAGGGAGCCCCUAAUCAAGACGACGAGGACAAUGAGUACAUGGAUAUGUCCCCGCAGAAUCCUCUCCCGCCCAAGCAGUCUCAGGAGGCAAGUUCUUCUCACCCUCCCUCCUUCUCCAAAAGUCUCAGCUCCCUCUUCUCUCUGCCGAAAAGUUUCCGAAGUAUCAGCGAACACCACGAUGACAGCGAUUAUGUCCCGAUGGCGUCGCCCGGGAGACUCUUAAGCACCGUGUCCGAAAGCGCCCCGAGGGUCAACCAGGAAGCCCCGCCGCCCAAGAACUCGUCUAAAGCGCCAGCGGCCAAAGGUUCAGACGGGGGGUUCCUGCACCGCAGGGCCGCGAGACCCACCAAACUCCCUCUCGGCUCCAGGGGAAGCAGCGUGCCCAGAAUCUACGAGCGCGCCCUGGAAGGGGACAGCCCCGGGGAGUACAUCAACAUCGACUUCAGCCGAAAAGCGGGCCAUGCCCCGUAUUCCUUCUCCGCCGAAUGCUCUCCGUCUGCGUUCGGCCCCUGCGGGGCCCACGCGCACUCCCCCUUCGCCGAUUACAUGAGCUUCGCCAUUGAUAGCAACCCGCUGAACACCGCCAAGGAGAUGGUCAAUUCCUUAACCCUCUCCGACUCCAAGCCCCCUCGCAGCCAGCUGAGCGUGGGCUGCGCCAGAAGCCCCCUCGGCGCCGCCGCCCGCGCCAGCACCCCGACCAACGCGGAUGACGACUACACCGAGAUGACUUUCAACCCCGCCGCCGCGACAACCGUGCCUUUAGCCGCCCAGAGCGACGGUCCGCUCAAGAUGGACAGCCCCUCUUCGGCCGUAAAUCGCCUUCGCAUCGCCGACACGUCUCCUGAGGGCAGCACCUCCUCCCUCCCCGACAUCAGUCCCGAACCACCGAUCGUACCCAAGGUGGUCCGAGCCGACCCACAGGGCAGAAGGCGCCACAGUUCCGAAACUUUCUCCCACGAAGGAGCCGGAGCCGCCUCGUCCUCUCUCUUCGCUGAUAGCAGAUGGCAGAAUUCCGCCUCCUUUGACAGCAUCUGGUCCAAAUCCGGCGAAGGUGCUUCGAAUUCCGAGGAGACCAAGAUGUCCAGAAUCACUUCAGCUGGCUUUCAGAACGGCCUGAACUACAUCGCCCUGAAUUUACGUGAUGGUAAAAGUGGGGCCGGCCCAGCUGCUCCAAAUUCUCGCCAGAGGAACGGGGCUUCUGCCCGGGACAGCGGCGCCUAUGUCAGCAUCGACUUCUCCAAAGGUGACAUCUUCCAGUGUGCUUCUGCGAAAAAAGACUGAAUCCAUCGCCUUGGAAAUUGUUUUGAGAAGAAGGUAUUAGUUGUGGAAUUUCAGCUGGUAUCCUGAAGACCUGCUUUUGAAGAGACCAGAGGCUUCGGAACAGAAAGCAACUUUGGUUUCCUCGAGCCCAGAAAUGGACCCCGGUGGUGUAACGGCUUUGUUCACACCCAAGUUGGCCAGCUGCCUUUGAUCUAGCUAUUUGGAAUUACUGAUGUUGACAACUUGCUUUGAAUUGUCAUUUGUUGUUGUUGUGGUUGUGGUUGUGGUUGCUGUUGUCAUUGUUGUUUUCUUCAGUUUGCCUCUUUAGGAGGAAACAAGUGCUUAAUGAAAGAUUUGGAGCCCCCCCUUUCCUCUUGAAAAGGUUUUUUCUUCUCACAUUAAGCUACAUUAAGCGACACUAAGACGGUGGCCCAUAACGUGUUUAAUAACGAGCUUGCUUAUCUAGUAAGUAGUAGUUUUCAUAGCCUGUAAAUUUUGCUCACUUUCCAUUCCAUUUUUGAACUUGAAAAACCUUUUGAAGGGGCCAGAGAAAGAGGGAGAACACUAAGAACUCGGCUCUAUGAAACAGGCUGUUGUUGCUCAGUGCUAUGCGAGGCACUUCUUGAUCACAGAUCUUGAAUUGUUUGAAUUAAAUAAACUGAUGCCUUGAUUGAAAAUUUCGAAUACUUAAAAAGUUCAACCAAAAGGCAGACUGAUUGGUUUUGAGGUUUUUGCUACUUGCUUAAUACUUAAACCUAACAUUAAAGUUGGGGGCUUCUGUGCAUUCCAAUUGGACGUUUCCAAACUUUAUUUUUUAAUCACAGAUGAUGUUUUUGUUCCAUAAGUCCCCCGCCCACUCGCAAGUAGUCUUAUCGUUACCAAGUUAUACCAUUCCCCUCCCCUACCUCAAUCUCAAUUUUGGACCAAGUUUGCAUCCUGAAAAAAAAAAAUUCGACUUGAUCCUCAAUUUAUCACUUGCCUUAAAAACAAACAAAGAAACAAACAAAGCUUCUCAAAGGUCAUUUCUCACCUUGGAAAAUGAGCUUACAGAAAAUGUUAGGAAAUUAAAGUAAGCUCUGCUACUUCUGCUCUUAUUUGAGUUGGAGCUGAUUUAAAAUUGUAAUGCUGACCUUUGAGAGUAUUUCAUUGAUUGGUGGUAAGUGCAAAGGAUCCUUACCCAGGUUCUAGAGACUGCUCGAGGGUUUGUGAGAUGGUGCUGGUAAAAAUUCGUUCCACCUUACCGCACUACUCCCGGCAGACCUCCUCAUUGUAUAUUGUGGAAGCGUAUGUGGUGUUCGUUCUUGUGUGUGUGUGCGUGUAUGUGUGUAUGUUGUGUGUGCCUCGUGUGUAAGUUGUGAUAUGUGUUGGUGUACUAUGUAUCCUGUACGUUGUGUGUGUUUAAAUGAUCACCUCUAACAUACAAUCUUUAUAAAACGAUGUAUGGUUUCUAUAACAAUUUAGCCACUCGGUUUUGAUGUCAAAUAUAACAUGCAUUUUUAUUUUCAAGAAGUUUUAAAGUACAUGCUAACUCAGAAGCAAUUAUUUGAUGUCAAAAAACAUGUACUUUUUUCGAGCAGUCUUAAAGUACAUGCUAAUUAAAAAACCAACCAGUUGAUGUCAAAUAAAAUGUGCUUUUUCUGA